AUGGUCAACGUGCUAGACAUUGGAAUGUCCGAGUUGGUAGACACCAACGGUGCAUUGGACAGGAGUCCCGAGCGAGGCUCGCGGGCUGAUCGUGGAAUAGCACGUAAUCCACUGAGCGCUGCUCAAGUUUCAAAGCAGUCGCUGCAUGUCAUGGUCGGCCAAGGGCCAAGGCAUCGAAAGCGAGGCCCUCGAGAUGCACGUGAAGUGGCACGUAAACCACUGAGCGCUGUUCGAGUAUCAAAGCAGUCGCUGCAUGUCAUGCGUGACAUAGUCGGCCAAGGGCCGACGCAUCGAGGGCGUGGCCCUCGUGAUCCGGAUAAGCUCUUUAGCGAUGAUAGCGACGAAGAGGGUGACAACAAGGAUGGGGAUGACAAGAAGAGGGUGAUAUCACCUAAGAAGAUUGAUAAAGACAAGGAAAUGGAGGAUCUGUUUGGAUCAGAUUAUGAUUCAGAGGAAGAAGAAUUUCAAGCCUCUGGAGUGUUCGAGUAUGAUUAUUUCUCACCCACAUACACGGACGCGACAAAAGAACAGAAUGUCAACUAUUUUCGAUCUCAGGCAGACCUGGAAGAUUUUUUAAAAGUUAGUGGCACGUGGAAGCGUAUUGAGGAUGCAUUGCGAUUAGAGCAUGAACUAGUGGUAGAGGAAGAGCGUGGAAAAGCGCUGGAGAAGUACCAUCAACGGCUGGAACAACAAGCAACACGAAAGCGAAAUAUAGCACUUUAUGGUCAGCCCGUUAAGGAGAAGACAAAGAAGACAAAAGAAUCUCUCAAUAAGGCCUCCGAUGCUUCACCAGGUCAAUGUCUCUACAAUGCUGAAGCUGAGGCUACUAGUCCUGAAAAGAAUGACGAAAAAAAAAUUACCCAAAUUAAAAUUUGCGCAAAUCCGAAAACUGCUGUGUCGGGUGAAGAUCGUUUUGAAAGUGCUUCUGCUCUCGAAAUUUACUUAAAGACGACUGCGUUGUGGGAACAAAUUGCAGAAGAGGUCGCGCACGAAAAAGCUGCCAAGCGUGGUCAUGAAUCUCCAGAGCUGUCAAAUUCGCGGAGCAAACUUGAGUCACCGCAUUUGUCGUUAGAUUCCUCGCAAAAAAUGUCAUCAAACGGGGCACCCGAAGAGGAGAACGUCAAUGCUAUCACCAACGACAUUUGGGCAAACUCGCACGUGACAAAACGUCGUUUUCUUUCAUUGCAGGAACUCAAGCAAAAGAUCAAUCACAUUGAAGAUGAGCGUAAGAAUAUUAAUCGCCGCGCCGGUGCAUCGCUCAAAGGGAUUUUGUAA